GUUAAUUAAUAAUUAGCCGAAUUAAUUUUCCUAAUUAAAAUUUUCUUAACUAGGUUUUCAUCGCUUUAAAAUCGCAAUUCCGAUAACACUUUAGGGUUUUCAAUGCCCUUCGAAUUUAUCGUCCCCCUGCGUCUUCUUCUGGGCUUCUUCAGGCAGUUAUUCUAACGAUUUUGGGACAUGGGUUGGAAUUGUAGUUGUUGUUCUUGAUCUGAUUGAAGGGGUGAGGGAAGAACCUAACUUUUUCUAUGUUAUGGAUUUGGAAAAUGAAUCUGUGGAAGAUAUUGUAGUAAACCCACGAACAGUUUCCAAUUCUGCUGCUGCUGAUGGCGAUGGCGACAGUAGUAGUUCGAUUAGGAACAAUGGGUCAUGUGGUAGUGAGAUUGGAAAUGCAGGAGAGAGUAGAGAUAAUGAUGGUGGCACUGAACAAUUAGUGAAUUCGAGUCCGCUGGCAGCCAAAUCUCCCGGUGGGGGGUCACCUCCAACCGUCAAAGGGCGCGGCUUAAGGAAGUGGAGAAGAAUUAAGAGAAAUUUUGCCAAGGGUGAUAAGGACAAUGCAGUUGAUGAUUCUAGUAAAGUUUUGAAGCGGGGUUUGUCCGGUAAUGGAAGCCCAGUUAAGUCGAAGAAUUCACCCAUUGAGAUCAGACAUAAUACUAGGGAAGGUUCUGUUGGAUCCGUGAAUAUGUUAAGAAAUGUGGGAGUUGUCGAUGGCUUUGCCAUUCCUGGUUCAAGUUCGGAUUCUAGAUUUUCUGUUGGUACUGCAUUUGCUGCUGGUGCAGAUUCUGAGAACAGUGAGGAUCGGAGUAGCAAGUCUUCGACCGCUGCCAGUGUUCCAAAGCCCAAGUUUGAGCUGCCUGCAGCAUUUGUGCAUGCGCGGGAUAAGAGCAAGAUGAAGAGUACUAGCGGGAAGAGUGUGAGUAAUUCAGCUCAAAGGGCUCAACAGGGAAAGACACAAGUCGAAAGUAGUAAGAAGCAUAGAGGAGACAGGGGCACAAUCGAGAUGGAAAACUCUUAUUCAAGCAUGGAAUCUGACUCAAGAAGCUCCAACUUUGUCUUUAUGCAGAGUCCGAUUUUGACUAGUAAUGGGAAGCAAAGUGGAAGGUCAAUGAGUCAUGAUGGAGAAAACAGUGAUGAAGUUCAUGCAAGUGAACCACAUCCAACAGACUUGCCGUGGAUGGCUAAUGGAGGAACAAAUAAGAAUCAUAGGUCCUUGACAGAUCAAGAUCCACUGGUCGAGUCUAUCCUUAAUCUCCAUUCUGUACAAGAAGCACUUGCUAAAGAGGUUCAGAAAUUUGGGGAGAUUGGGAAGGAAAUUUUGUCAACGGAUUCUAAUGGUGGUGGUAUACCUGCCGAUAUCUAUUCAAGUGAUCUGGGAAUUAAUGAAUCUAACUUAUCUGACUAUUUGGGUUCUGAUAAGAUUGGACAAACUUCUUCGAAUUCCUUGGAAUCUCAGGUCUUGAGUUUGAAACAAAAUGUGAAGCUUUUGGAAAGCACACUGGAUGAGACAAGAGCUAUACUGGAAUUGAAGGAAUCCAGGGUUGCUGAACUCGAAGAUAUGAUUAACAUUAGCAAGUCUGCAAAAGAAGAUUCAGGUAGUACCGUAGGUCUAGAGGAGGAAAAAAGUCGAGAGCUAGAAACUGAACUUGACGGUGUGUUUAGGCAAAUGAUUGAAGCCCAGGUCGAGUUUAUUGCUAUUAAAAGUUCCACACAGAGGUUGAAGUUUGCUGCAGGUGGCCAAAUCGCACUGCUUGAUGAGCAAGAAGCAGUAGUUGGAGAACAAGAACAGAUGCUGAACAAGCUUGGGGAAGUAGAAAUUAGGGCCACAAAGCUAAAGGAACGAACAGAGGAGUUGGGAAAAUUAUCCGGAGAUAUUUUAGAGACCGAAGAGGUCUUCACCAUCCAGAAGAGAUUUUGUAAGAUUACUUCAUGUCUUUUUAUUCAGUUGAUAUUGCUGGGCUUGGCGAUCUUGGUUUUUUUCUCGCAGUCGUCCCAUCAAGGGGUGGCAGUACCCACCUGAGUCCGGGAGUAGCAACGCCAUUUUGUUUUUGUGUAUUCUCAACCUCCUUAGGCAAAUAUUGGAAGCUUAAGUUUGAUCUUUUGUCAUGUAGAACCUUUUUUUUUUCUCUCUGUUUUCGUUUUUUUGUAACAUUGUUGUAAUUUUUGCUUUCAUAGGAACAGAAGCAUCUCAAAAUGAUUGCUCAUAGCGUACUAUACUUUUCCAUGACUGUAAUUUUUGCGUGUUCGAUUUGGUUUGGCGGAUAGUUUUAUGAGUCGAAACUUAAGGACAUCGAGUCACUUGUAAUGGAUGUACCUUGACGAUGUUUAAGACGUAAUUAAGGUUUUCUCGCACAUA